AUGCGGGCCGAGCUUGCGAGAGGGGGAGAGGCCCUCUUGGGCACCAAGCAGUCGCAGUGUCGGCGCCGGGUCUUCGGGGUUUGCCUACUUGGGGCGAUCCUGCUGACAUUCGGCCUACUCUUCUUCCCACAGCUCUUCUUCGCGGACCCCCGUAGCAAACAGGGGUCUGCCUCAACUGCUCCAGGCGUUCGGACCCCGGGGCUCCCAGGACACCUCAGUGGUGUGAACCUGGGUGGUUGGCUGUGCCUAGAGGAUUGGUUCUACUCCGGAGACUCAGGCGUGCAUGUCUCUAGCGUGGAUGAAGCUGGUCAGGGCGCCUGUUUGCCACCAGCCCUGACGCAGCUGGACAAGCCUUGGCCUUCAGAAGGCCACCUCACCUACAGGUUAAACCAGACGAAGGGCACCAACUUCACCAUCAAGGCCUUGACAGCUCAUCGGCAUUCAUUCAUUGGCGAGAUAGAUUUGGCAGCCAUCCGGGAGCUAGGUCUUAGUGUGGUCAGAGUGCCUAUCACCUGGGCUGCUUUUGCCGAUGCCCUGGUGCCACUGGAUCAGAAAGUGUAUGGCUCCCACAACCCACGCAAUGAGACCGUGAUUGUGCCAGACCCCUUCUACAACGAUCGGGCGGCCUUUGCAACGAUCCCGCGGAAUUGGUUGGCCCAGCUGCUGCGGCGUUGUGCCGAGCAUGGCCUCAGGGUUCUCAUCGACCUUCACGCCUUUCCUGGCGGAUCAUCCCUGGGCACUUAUAAUGGAGUAUGGCCUGACAAGCCCGCUUUCUGGCGGAAUCAGACCAAGAUUGGCCAGCAGGACCUGACCCAGGUGGGCCUGUGGAUUGUCGGCUCGGCAGUGACGUGGCUCGAGGGACUGGACCUGGAGGCUCAGGCAGGGCUCUUGGGCCUCACUGUGAUGAACGAGCCGGCCCAUCUGAAUUCCGGGGCUAAGUUUGCAGAGGAGGCGGAGAUCCUCAAGUGGCUAGCCAAUGCGGCGCAGAUCUUCCGACUCUCCAAACUGCCAAGCCUAGGCGUGAAACUCUACAUGCAGAUGAUAGAUACUGCUUUUCAAAACUUCACCGAGACUGUUGUGCCGUGGUUCUCUGAGACUUUUACAGAGACAGAGAGGUUGAGCUGGGUGGUCGCUGACCAGCAUUGGUAUACUGCCUGGGAUUCAGGCAAUUGCGACAUGCGUACCUCGGAGGAUGGAGGCCUCACAUGCGAUGCGCCUCUGGAGACGAUAAGACGUAAGAUGCGUUCUUGCGCAACAGCCUUCUCCACCAAGUUCAACAGUCAGUUCGGCGGGCUGAUGGCUGUCAGCGAGUUCUCGGCUGGCACAGCAGAAGCAGCUCGUUUCGCCUGUACAGAUCGCGCCGUACUUCGAGUGUACCUCCAGGAGCAGCUGAGCGCGUGGGAUGAGGUCGGCCUUCAAGGCUUCUUCUGGACCUGGCGCAUGCCAUAUGGCCGCGUCUUUGAGCCAG